AUGACUGGCCACAUUAUCAGGGAAAAGGAUGGUGAGUUGCUGGAGGAACCAGGAACAAGUGGGGAGGCUGCCAUCCAAGUGGAUCCACAGUUCAGCAUGGAGGGUGAACCAGCCAUCACGGUGGGUAAGAUAGUGGGUAAAGAGGUUGACAGUGCUGGGGAGAGUGAGAGCCUAAGUGACAAGGAUGUGGCUACCAUCAAAGAAUGGGUUGGCUUUGUAAGCGGGAAGCAAGAAACUGUAAGAAGUGAUGUCAUCAUGGAUGACUGUGUAAUGCAGGGUAAGUUUGCAAUGGCUUCAGAGAUGAGCAACACCAGGCCAGACCAGUUCACCAAGGCGCAUCAGUGCAUGAAAGCCAGUGAACAACUGUGUAAGGAAAAGGGUGUCAUCAUAGUUGGAAAAAACAUGAAGUGCAGUUGUAUCUUGAGGGGGUGUAAAAGAAAGCAGGCACAGGCCAGGCUGAAGGCAGAGAGCAGUAGCAAAUUGUUGGUGGGAAAGGGUAUCAGCAACAAUGUUUUCGACACUGGACACAUGGUGGACACAAAGAUUGAGGGUGUGGCAAAGCUGCACAUUGACAGUAGACUUGAGAAUGGCAUUCCAUGCAUGUAG